AUGAAUAGUUUGCUACACUAAAAAAGAGAAUGUUUUUCAUUAAAAAUAAGACGAAAUGAAAUAGAAAAAAUAUUUAAAGAAAAAAGAAUACCUUAAUUAUCAAAAGAAAUGAUGCUUGAUUUAUUAAAUAAUAAUGAUUAGGAAUCAAUCAAUCGACUUACAGAUGCAACUGCAGGAUCAAAAGAACAAACAUUAGAUUUGAUUUAAAUUGGAGGAAUAUAGUUUUUUUAUGAAUUAUUGUAAUCAAAAGAAAAAACAAAUGCAAUUAUUGGAUUGGGUAAUUUAUGCAGUGAAAAAUUGGUUUAAGAAGAAGUUUUAGAAUUGAAGAUUAUCGAAUACAUGAUUGAUGAAGUUCAUAGAUACAAGAAUCUUGAAGAUCUAUCUCUUAGGUUAUGGUUUUUAAGUGUGUUAGCCAAAUUUAAGAGAGAUUCUCAAAAUGAGGAAGGUAAUAUAAUUGAGAGAGAAAAACUUUUUAAUAUCUUUUGGAUGUACUAAAAGAAAUACCCUGAUGUACUUAAAAUUUAAUAGGAAUGUUUUCAUGGAUUCUAUGCUUUGACAAAAGUUACAUUCAUCUAAAAUGAAUUAAUGGAAUUAUGUUGCAAUAAUUUGAAUAAAGGUAUUGAUAAUAUCAUAUUAAAAAUAAUGUAUUAUCUUAUUAAUGACUAUGUAAAAUUUGUAUAGAUUCUACAUAAGAGUCAAUUUAUUUAGUUUUGUGCAAAAUAUUUAUAAAUAUCUUGUAGAUAGAAAUACACCUUAAGAAUACUUUAUUAUUAUGCUUAAUAUUAUGUAGAAACUAUUCUUUAAAAUAAAGAUAUAAUCAAUUAAAUCAUAAUUAUUCAGAAUUCCUAAAUGCAUCAAAAAUAAAUCAUACUUUUACAUUAUGCAAUGCUAUUUAAAUGCUAGAGCUCACAAUUCAUGGACAUAAUAAAAGAAUUUGAAAUCAUUAAUAAUUUAAAGAUACUUUUAGAAAACUUUUAAUAUGAAUAACAAACCCUAUGUCUUUUAGCAUUAUUAAAAUAAACAAAUAAAGAAUUAAUAAAGGAUCUAAUUCCAGAUUUAGAGAGAGUUUAUUAAAAUAAAAAAGAAAAUGAGAAAACCCUUAGAAAACUUUAACUAAUUUUAGAUUGA